CACACACACCUUCUCUGCCUCCGGGAAGCGAGCCACGCAGUUGCACCAGGGGAGAAAUCGCUGCUUGGAGAUCCGAGUCGCGAUCCAGCCGGGCCGGAAGCCCUGGUCCCAUCACUAGCCUCUGCGUUCAGACUGAAGCAGCAGAGCGCUGCACAGCUUCAGAUGGAAAUAUUACACAAUUAAAUUCUAAUCACAUUAACCCUAGAUUCUGAUUUGAAAUGGGCGUCGCACGUUCUCUCCCAGAGUUUGGCGAUUAUAUAUUUUAUUGUCAUGCAAGGAUUGAACACACCAACCUUCCCCUCUCUUGAUUUCGGAUUACUUAACAUUCCUCGGGAAUGGAAGGACAGGAUUUUGCUGCUCCGGCUCACCUUCUUUCAGAGCGGUCCGCCUCUGGAACCGCUCCUUCAGGCCACAGCUCUGUGCAGCAUGACGGCCACUUCUCACCAGGGAAAUACUACCCCUCACACAUACCGAUGGCUCCGCACUCAGGCAGUGGAUUAAUGGGUAAUACUCCUGCCUCCUUCAUGGGGACCUUUCUGGCCAGCAGUCUUGGUUCUACUCCUCACCCAUCCCGGCCACCUUCCUCGCCCUCUUCACCCUCUUUUAGAGGCGGACCUCAGUCCAAUACCUCACAAAUCUGGUUUCCUCAUUCUCAUGAAGGUCCAGGAUAUCCUCGAUUUUCAGGGAGUUUGACCCACGCAUUCCUCCCAAUGAAUCACCUGGAUCACCAUGCCAACAGUGGCGUUCUCUAUGGGCAGCACUGUUUCUAUGAUACUCAAAAAGAAAACUUCUAUCAGCAGGGUCUUCCAUCUCAACCGUCUCUCAUCUCAGCCAAUCACAGUCUGCCACCAAUGUCCAGGGCAGGUUCAGGGCACUCCCAUGGGUCCUGCAGCAGAGACAGAGAUCCAGAAUUAGAGACUUAUAUACACAAGGGUCUCAAAGACAGUUCUGUGGACAGGGGAGUGAUACUUGUCAGAGACAAGGAGAGGUCCAGUAGAAAACAUGAUGCUAAAGAACGACUACACCAACAGCAGCACCACAGCCACCAGACCACACACCACGAUCAUUCCCACUCUCCUCAGCAACAGCCUCACUAUCCACAGCAACUGCUGCCUUUAGAGGAUGUUAACAGUUGGGCCCUGGAGAGGGACAAGGCAUUGCUUGCAAUGGAAUACAGCAAGGAGCACCCCCAGAUGAUAGGCAAGUCCCUUAGUGCUUGCUUGCACAAUGGAAAGAUGCAAAAUGGAGCUGCAGGAGCUGCAACGAGAACAAAGGUUUCCAUGCCCAGCUGUGGUGGUGAGGGUGCAGCCCUUCGGGCUAUGGGGGAUGGGGGGAGCAGCCAGGGCAAGUACAUGGGUUGUAAUGGAGGUAGUCGCUGUACCAAACAAGGAGUGAGUGGAGAGAUGAGGAUUCGUGAACAACCUUUGGACUGUUUGGAAAGAGGUCCAGCAACCCUUCACCACUCUCUACCCUACCCUGUACCCCCACCGCUACACAUCAGCUCUGCUACUGAAGGGGCACACAAUCACCCACAUCCUCUUGCUCACCCCCAAAAACAUCCUCACCCAGGAGGAUUUCAUUGUCUCCAGCUCCACCCCAGCCAUCCACACCACCCACAUAAUUCUCACCACACACACCACCAUGCAGACUUUUUCUGCCCUCCCCGACCUGCUCAUCUAGCCAACUUAGCCUCACAAGAGAGGGGGGCAGUCAAUGCAAGAUGUGAGCCCAAAGUUACAGGGCCAUCAUUUGUGCCAUGUGUGGCAGACUUGGGAGACAAGUCUAGUGAGCCAUUCCAGCUUAGUAAUCUUGACUGCCAUGGUGUGGGUGGUGGUGGAGGAGGCAAUAAUACCAAGGACAAAGCAAUGGAUAAAAGGGCUACUGGUGGGCAUCAUAGUAGCUGGGAUAGAAAACUGCAACAACAGCAACAGCAACACCCUUACAGAAAGACAGAGAAGGUUGUAGACUGGAUGCAGUCCCACCCUCAACAUGUUCUGGCCUCACUUCCUCCACUACCCCAACAACAACAACAAAAGCCACCACAUUCUCAACAACAGCACCUAGCUGUACACUCACAGAGUGCUGAAUGUAUCAACAGCGGUGUGGGCAUGGAUGGCUUCAGAUCUUCACUUUCCCAGGGACCAAAGGCAGUUCCUCAUUCUGUCAACACUCCACUUUUUAAAGACUGUUCUCAUCAAGGACCUCCACCUAUUUCUUCCUCGCUGGCUGACAAUAAAGACAUGGUGCAACACACAGGGGCAGGAGCAGCUCAUGGGCAGGGAGGUAGCUGCUCCUUACAGAGAGAUGGCCAAAAGGUAGCCAAGAUUCGACACCAGCAGCAUGACCGACCUGGCCCAGAUGCUCCUUCCGCAGCUGAUAUGAACCAGAGGAAUAGUCAGGAGCUCAAAAGAAAGGUAGAGAAUUCUCCAUAUGGUUACACCAACAACAAUGGGCAGCAUCAUCACCAGCAACCCUCAGUGCCUCCCUGGGACAUGAUGCCCCCUCAUUGCAUGUCACACUCUGAGGAGGAGCAGAGGAAGUCUUACAUUGAGUUAGGAAGCUCUGCUGGGAAACACCCACAGCAGCAGCAACAACAGCCAGGGAUGAACUUUCUCCCCCCACAACCUCAAACUGCACCCCCUCUCAAUCAGCAACAGCCACAGUCACAGCAGCAACCUGAUUCCAAAGGUACAAUUCAGGGUGAAAGCAGUGCCAUGAAGUGUCUGCUGAAGUACAGCCACCAACAACGGCCUCUUCUAUUUUCUCUGAAAAGCCCAUUUGGAGGGUUGGGAAGUCUAAAAUCAGGUCCAGCAGGGGAAAGCUGUGCCCUGCAGGGGAAAAAGCAGACUCAGUCUUCCAGGAAGGGCCCAGCUGAUGCUGGGCAGCCUGAUUACAGCAGAGGGAGACGGGAUAUGGGGGAGAUGAGUCAUGGGGAAAGAGAGGUGCGGCAGCCACCAGUGGGAAUUGCCGUGGCAGUAGCCAGACAAAGGGAACCUCCAUGUCAUGUAGGCACUCACCCCAACAGCCAUCAGGGAAGAGUACAGAACUCAGUGAGAGAUCCCACUCAGGAGGAGAGAAAGAAGGUGAGUGAUGAACAAAUGGGCCUCACCUGCUUGGAUAGAGACAAAGAUGCAUUCAUCAGCCAUAAUAAAGAGCAGGUGAAGUUUGCAAGGAUCCAUCCAUCCAACAGUUGUCAUGGAGACCUAACCUCUCAUCUCAUGGUUCCUGGUGGGACAUCGCUCCCCUCCAGCCAGUUAGGAGAUCCUGCUGCACAUUCUGCUCAUCAUCACUGGAUGCCAAGAACUGGAAGUUCAUCCCUCUGGAUGACGGGGCGCCCUUAUGGUAUAGGCCACACAACUUUCCACCAGAACCUGCCUCCAGGUUUCUCCUCAGCUGUGCCGGGCCCUCUGCAGCCAGUCCGCCCUCUUCCUCAAGAUCCCCCUGCACAGCCGGUUGUCCUGCCUUCUGAGCCUCCUGCCCAUCAUGCAACACAUCAUCUAGUAGAUGUGAUAGAGCACCAGGGGCUCUGGCCCCCUCUGUACAGCACAAGAGGCCCACCUUCCCACAUGGGACAUCCUGCUGUGUACUCUCGAUCUCAGUUUCUACGACAACAGGAGCUGUAUGCCUUCCAGCAGCUCCAGCAUCAGCACCAGAGUCACCAGUCACAACAGCUGCAACUACCCUCUCAACCUCAGCUGCAGCACAGAGCUGAGCCUAGCAUGCAGCAUCAAGCCACUCACAAUGAACAAAUACAGAAGAGACUAGAUGAGCAAACAAACAAGCUACAGGAACCAAUUUCAGAGCCAAGAACAUCCAAUCCUUCUAAGGCCUACUCAUACAACCCUCCACAGAGAAAUGCCUCAGCCCCUGCUACUCACUUGCCCCCUUGUUGCCAGUCUCCAUUGCUGCAUCUUCAGUAUCCCAGAAGCACUCAUUCAACACCAUGCCCUUCUUCUAGCCCGGUAGAAGCAGCCCCUCGUCAAGCAAUCAGCCCUGCUUCAUCUCAGAUGCUGAAAGGGGCUGAAUCCCAAGACAAGAGUGGUGAGGGACAGGCCCCACAAGAGUACCCCGACACCCUGGAACCUGACUUGUCUCCUGGAUUUACCUACCCAGCUAUUGCUAUGAGCUACAGAAGCGGACCCUCCCCUCAGGACGUUUGUCUGGCUGAGCCAGCCAGCCUGGAAGCAACCCAAGCGGAAGCUGCAAAGCAAGCUCCUCAGUACUUUGUCAGUCUAGGAGACAAGCUAGAAUGUCAAGGGCCAGUCAUAGAGCUCCCGGAGCCACUCCCACUGAAGGAAGUUGAGUCAGAAGAGGAGGGAAGAGUGAUUGAGAGAGUCUUGGAACAGAAGGAAGGGGUAGAAGAAUCAAUCUAUGUCCUUGGUGAGGGGGAGACAGAGGAACAGAAUUCAGCUGAGGAAGAUGUGCUAGUUUGUCCCCCUACUGAGAGGUCAGCGAGGGAGGCAGCUUCCUGUCCAGUUUCACCUUCAACAGAAGACCCAGGUGGGCCCGAGGCAGUAAUUACUUUAGAUGAGGAAGAUGAAGAAGAGGCAAUGGGCAGAAACAGACAAGUGGGGCAUGAUCAAAAUGUCAUCAUGCCUGGAGAGUCGAAGCCUAAAAUAACUGGCAUCAUAGAGCUUGACCCAGCUGCCUCUGAAGGCAUGUUCCCAAAGGGAGAAACAGAAAUUGAGUCCAAGAAGGAGAACAGGAUGACGUCUAAUGAUGUUUCAGUGGAGAUCCCGUUUCUCUCCCCAGCUUCAGCUUCUGCCUGCAGCCCAACUGAGGAGUCUAUUGCUGUGCCCCACAAGCCUCUUGCGUCCUGCUACUGGAGUCUUGAGCUGCUUAUUGCUGCUGCUUUUUGCACAGAUGUACCACCAUUCUCCUUGUUCCCUUGUAAUAAACUCUCAGUUGUGCCAUCACAGUACAACCCCAACCAGGGUAUGGAGCUUCUGAGUGAGCUGGCGGAUCUUGAGCAGCAGCAGAUGAAGCGCAUCUGUGGGAAAAGCCAAGGGGAUGAGCUGCUCCUGUUUGACCUCCAAAGCUUUGCUACCUUGGCCUCAGCUCGUGCCUUGGAGUUAGGGUCCCUGGAAGGCAGUAAUAUUGCUUCAGGGAGACACUUUCCAGCUUGCAGGAGUUUAAAUUUACGCAGGAUGUGCAGCUGGACGCAUCGCGAUGAGCCUGCGUACCGAGCCAAAGUUAACAUGGAAACACUAGAUAGACCUGAGCUGGCAAUGCGUGUGAAGUUAGCAGAGAUUCAGCGUCGCUACAAAGAGAAGCAAAAAGAGUUGGCCAAACUUCAAAGGAAGCAUGACCAUCACAGGAAGGAGGAAAUGCCACGUAGUCCAGCACGACGAGGUCCAGGACGACCAAGGAAGAUGAAACCCACCCUCACCACAGGUCCAUUCCUGUCAACUGAAGGCCAACAAAAAGUCAAGUCAAUGGAGGUGGGGCUCUGCUUGUCGUCUGAGGACUUUAAAGGGAGCGGAGACACUCAGAGAAGAAAGAAGAGGAUGUCCAGUCAAAGCUUUGAGCGACUCAGCAGCUCACAG